UAUUAGCAGCUAGGAUAGCAUCUGAUCUAGCGCAUCGUCUUUUUCUCCUUCAAUGGCUACUAUCCAAGACGACAAGACAGUCACUGGCUAUCCGGUUCAGCCGGGUCAAGUCCCUACCGGCUACAGAUCCGCUCCGCCCUAUCCCUUCCCUCCACCACCACCGGAGUUCCACUACAACCCCCAGCCCGCUGGGCCCAAUAAGCCCACCUCCUUCGCCCGCGUCCUGAUGGGAUUCUUCGCCGUAUCUGCAGUCAUUAUCUUAAUAACCUUCUUGAAUUGGCUGGUGAUGCACCCUAAACUCCCGGAGUUCAAGGUCGAAUCGGCCACCGUGUCCCUACUCAACGUGACUCGCUCCGAGUUAACGGCCACGUGGGACAUCAGCCUCCUCUCCACCAACCCCAACAAGAAACUCAGAAUCAACUACGACCACGUCGAGGCCUCGAUUGUCUACGGUGACCACAACCACAUCAGGCUCGGGAGAACGCCGUUGCGUCCCUUCGUUGUGAACCAUAGGAACCAGACACGUAUAGACAUGAAACUCGGAGCGGUGAGUGAAUGGGUCGGCGAUGACGUGGCGAAUGAAAUCUCCGACGACAGGUCUCGGGGAUUGGUGACUUUUGGAGUCAGGCUGAUGACUUCUGUGAGGUUUAAGUGUGGACUAUGGCUGUCGAAAUCCCGUUUGUUGCUGGUCACCUGCGAUCGGGUCGAUUUAGGGCUUUCUCCGAAUAAUGGGACCGGCACGUUGACGGGUCUGUCGAGGGAGUGCGGGGUUCACUUCUAUUCAUUGUUUUGAGCUGUGAGUAAGAGUUAGUAUUCAGAUGGUUUUCUGGAUUGUGCACCGCGCGGUCGACAUCAAUUUUUGGAAUCCAAGAACAAGCAUUGGUCGUUGCCCCACAAAUGGAUCGAGUCUUCGAUCUGCUUCCUCUCCUCCUGUGACCUCUCGGGGUGGAGGUGGAUGGCCAGUUUCUUGGCUCACCACCGAUCUAGCCUGCAACAGGGGACAUCUUUUUGGACCGUGGGAGGCUCAGACCACCUAGGGGACGCCUCAAGAUCACGAGACCUGACUGUGAUCGAGGUUUCUGCAAUGAUCGUGCCAGUGAAGAAUGGCGCGACUGAGUAGGUUCGAUGACGCUGGCUGGACGCUGCAAACAACUAAGCGAUAUGAGGGCUUUGGGCAGUGGCUCGCUUUCUGUGCCCAAGCCGGAGUGUCGAUUUUAAUUCGGUGUGCAGAAGGGGAAGAGAACAGCCUUGGGACUGGCGCGACCUGGUCUGCAAAUUUGGUGGCGAGAUCGCAUCUGUGUGAAGGUCUGAUAUGUCGCUCUGUCUUGGCAUUCAGAUGCACUGGAACGUAGGUGGGGAUCGGCGUGGAGAAUGACGGGUAGCAAGCAACGACAACAGAUGAAAGAGAUUGGGUGCCCAGAUCAGUUGGGAGGCCCAAGUCCAAUUGGGUUCCCAAACCAAUGUUGAGGCCCAAUUGUGCGCCCAAACCAAGUUGGAGGUCCAAAUAAAUUUUGUAGCCCAACUGGGUGUUCAAAGUGUUUCAGCAUGUUACUUGGAUUUGGGCUCAUCUGUGGACCUAAAUCAUGGGCUCUAGUUCUCUAGGGUUUAGAAUUUGAGAUCCCGGCGGCUUGAUUCAACAAACUACGUCUAUGUUUGACUUUGGUGGUACUGGUGAAUCUUUUGGUGUAGUAC